GCAAAUUCGCCGCUUCUGUCAUUCGCUCACUCUCACUCUCCGGCGGUGGUAGACGACGCUGCUGCGGGAACUGCCAUAGCCCAAAAACCCAAAAAGGGAUGUCGUCUUCUUCCUCGUCCGUUUCACAGCAAACAAUGGAAUCGCUGAUCCUCCAGCUCCACGACAUCUCCGCCGUCAAGUUCGGAGAGUUCAAGCUCAAAUCCGGCAUCGUCUCCCCCAUCUACAUCGACCUCCGCCUCAUCGUCUCCUACCCUUCCCUCCUCCGCCAGAUUUCCCAGACCCUCACCGCCGUAAUUCCUCCCUCCGCCCCCGCCUACGACCUCGUCUGCGGCGUUCCCUACACCGCCCUCCCCAUCGCCACCUGCAUCUCCGUCUCAAACAAUGUCCCCAUGCUCAUGCGCCGCAAGGAGGUCAAGGAUUACGGCACCGCCAAGGCCAUCGAGGGCGCCUUCUCCCCCGGCCAGUCCUGCAUCAUCAUCGAGGAUCUCGUCACCAGCGGCGCCUCCGUACUCGAGACCGCCGCCCCACUUCGCGCCGCCGGCCUCACUGUGACCGACGCCGUCGUCAUGAUUGAUAGAGAACAAGGGGGUAGGGAAAAUCUGGCAGAGAAUGGAAUUACAUUGCAUUCCAUGGUGAAGUUGACUGAUAUGGUAAGGAUAUUGAAGGAGAAGGGAAGGUUGUCAGAAGAUACAGAGAAUAUGGUGAUGAAAUUCUUGGAGGAGAACAGGAAAGUGGCUGCACCAAUGCCAAAGGUAGAGUCAAAGGCUAAUAAGGGCAGGGUGCCAUACCAGGAGAGGGCUAAGAUGGCCAAAAACCCUGCAGGGAAGAGGCUGUUUGAGAUCAUGGUGCAGAAGGAGACUAACUUGUGUUUGUCUGCUGAUGUUGCCACUGCAGCUGAAUUGCUUGGUCUUGCUGAAAAGGUUGGGCCAGAAAUUUGCAUGUUAAAAACCCAUGUUGACAUAUUGCCCGAUUUCACCCCAGAUUUUGGCUCUAAACUUCGAUCUAUUGCCGAGAAGCAUGGUUUCUUAAUCUUUGAAGACCGUAAGUUUGCUGACAUUGGCAACACUGUCACAAUGCAAUAUGAAGGUGGUAUUUUUCGCAUAUUGGAUUGGGCAGACAUAGUAAAUGCCCAUAUUAUUUCUGGUCCUGGAAUUGUAGAUGGGUUGAAACUAAAGGGUUUAGCCCAUGGUAGAGGUCUACUGCUGCUUGCAGAAAUGAGCUCAUCCGGUAAUCUUGCCAAGGGAGAUUAUACAGCUGCAGCUGUGAAAAUCGCCGAGGAUCAUUCGGAUUUUGUGAUGGGCUUCAUCUCUGUCAACCCUGCAUCGUGGCCCACUGGGCCCGGGAGUCCAGGCUUGAUCCAUGCAACUCCCGGUGUGCAGCUUGUGAAAGGCGGAGACUCUCUUGGCCAGCAAUACAACACCCCACAUUCUGUGAUUCGUGAACGGGGAAGUGACAUAAUAAUAGUAGGGCGUGGAAUUAUAAAGGCGGCGAACCCCGUAGAGGCAGCUAGGGAAUACAAGCUCCAAGGCUGGGGUGCAUAUUUGGCUGAUUGUGUGCCUAGCAAUUGAAUUGAAAGCUGUGUGUUGUAUGAAUGAAAUAUGAUCCACCCUUUUUUUAUUCUAUUUAUUGCCAUGUUAGAUUAUGAAAUGUUUCUUGAACCUAUGAUGACAUUUGGUCACCAGUUACACAAGUUUUGAAUAAUAAAUUUAUAUUGCUUGG